UCCAAUUCAGUACCAUUCCAGUACCACUCUUUCGGUAGGGCGGUACCAGUGUAAAUACUGUGAAUCAGUAAAUAUAUAACCGUGUAUAUAACAGUGUAAUUUGAAAACUAUAGUGAAAAAUAAUAAACAGUAACAGUUUUUAUGUUCAUAUUUUUAUUUAAAUUUAAUUUUAAAUUUAAAAGUUUAUUGAAAAUGGGUAGAGAAAAGCACCCAGUGCAUAAAUACUUUUCAAAAACAACCGUUGACGGGAAAAAUGGCAAACAAAAUAUAAAAGCAACUUGCAAUUUUUGCAAGUGGAUUUCCGUUAACAAUACCACAAGACUAAUUAAACACAUUCAAUUGUGUUUGAAAUGUUCUCAAGUUAUUAAAAAUACAAUCAGUGGGGAUAGAUCAAUCAAUGAUCGGGACGAAAAUGAAUCUACCACUGAAAUUGAAAAUGAUACUGAUGAAAAUUCAAAUUUAUCUGCUCAUUCAGUUGCAAAAAAAUUUAAAUUGCAUGAAACAAUGGAGACAUACGUUACUCGGGACAAACAUGUAACAGAUAUUCAACAAAAAGAAUUAGUCACUUUGAUGGCCAGAGCAGUUUAUUGUUCCAGCACUCCUCUCUCGAUUGUGGAAAACACAUUUUGGAUUCAGUUCUUUAAUAAAUUGAAACCAUCUUUUACACUCCCAUCUCGUUAUGAUCUGUCUAAUAGUUUAUUAGACUCAGAGUUUUCCCGUAUUCAAAAUACUAUAGGAGAAAAAAUUGCAGCUUCCUUGUCUUUGGCAAUUCAAAUGGUUGGCUGGUCCAAUAUUAGAAGACAAGGAAUUAUCAAUGUAAUUUUAAACACACCGGAACCCUUUUUUUACAAAACAAUCCCUACUGGGGCUGAGCACCAUACGGGAGACAAUAUUGCAGACAUUAUGUUUUCAAUAAUUGAAGAAGUUGUCCCUAUAAAAAUUACGGGAUUAGUAACAGAUAAUGCUGCCUAUAUGAAGUUAGCUUGGAAAAUCGUACAAGAAAGAUAUCCACACAUUACGCCUUACGGGUGUCUACUACACGGAUUACAUCUGUUUUUCAAAGAUAUUUGUUCUCAAGCUGUCUUUGAUGAAGUAAAAAAUCAUUGAACAAAUAUUGCCAGAGAAAUAAAAAGUAGUCAAAUUUUGUUAGCAGUUUUUAAUGAAAAACAACAGCAGGUCAAAGAAGCGUCAAAAAGAUCAGGAUCUACUAUUCAACAAUCUUCACUGCAACUACCAGGAAAGACAAGGUUCGGCAGUGUAUUUUUUUGUAUGAACAGUGUUCGAAUAAACAGGUCUGCACUUCGUGAGCUCUGCGUAGAUCACAGAGUUGAAACUAUUUUAAGUGGAAAUUUAAAACACUUGAUUCUAAAUACUAAUUUGUGGGAUGUUUUAAGUGAAUGCGUUUCACUUUUAAAACCGAUAAUUUCCUGGCUUCACAUUAUCGAAAGCGAUGAUUCGAAAAUGAGUUUAUCAUGUACAGUCUUCUUGAAUAUAAGAAGGCAUGUUCAGGGGAUGAGAAAUUCAAAUCUCUUAAUGAAUUAUUACGCUAAAACCAAUGAAAUUUUAGAAGAUAGGUGCGAAUUUUGCAUAAAGCCAAUUCAUUAUUUAGCGAAUUUGUUAGAUCCCUCAAAACGUGGUGAAGAUCUUAUAGACCAGGAACUACUGGAAGCUUUCGAAUGUUUGACAAGACUUUCAGAAUUUUAUUCGGAAAGUGAAGGUAUUUCUGUAGAGGAUGUGCUGACAGACUGCAAUAUGUUCAGAUUAAAAGAAGGAAUCUGGCAGAAAGAUUCCUUAAAUCUGACUAUUAAUAAAAUGUCUCCAUAUAUGUGGUGGAAAUCUUGCUACGUUGGAAAAUCGCUCAGAAAAAUAGCAUUAAAAGUUUUAAGUUUACCGCCCACGUCUGCAGCUUGUGAACGUACAAAUAGUACUUACAAAAACGUACAUAAUAAGACUACAAAUCGUCUCUCAACUGAAAGAGCAGGAAAAAUUACAUAUAUUAAACAAAAUAUGCUGUUUUUAAAUCCUAAAAAUAAGCCUUCAAGAGUUCUUCCAAAUUAUCAAGAAGAAGAGUUAGUUGAAAUAGAGCUGUCCGAUAGCGAAAUGGAAGCUCAAUUCGUGGAGCAGAUCGAUGAGUUGGAAGAAGAGUAACAUUAAAAUGUUAACUUAGGCAUACUAAAAUAUUUUACGACUGUUUUUGUUACUAAACUAAAAUGCUUUUUUUGUUAUUUAGUUUUCAACAUUUAAUU